AUGUCUCGCCGCAACCAUUCUCGUUCUGAUGAUAGCGUAGAGGAUAUGUUGCAUAAUAUUUCGAAACAAGAGCGCCGUAUCUCCAAGCAGGCCUCGGAGAUUACAUACCUUGAGAACGAACUCGCCGACUUGGGCAAGGAGGUCAAGCACUGGCAAUCCGAGCAUGGGAAGGCUAAGGACGAGGCCCACCGCCACGCUGGAGAGCUUUCCAAGCUUAGACGUGAGUGCAAGGCUCAAGACGAUACGGUCCAGCGGGUGCGCGACCAGGCUUCCAAGGAAGUCUGUGCCAUGCAAGAUAAGUUUCGGCUUGAGGCAAAGCAGCGAGAGAAGCGUGACAAGAACACCGACCUUCAGAUUGCCACAUUGCAACAAGCUUUGGCCACCAAGGAGGACGAGAUCAGACAGCUAAAGGAGAGUUAUGCAGAUAUUAAGCACCAUCUUGACAAGGAGCGUAAUGAGAGGGAACAAGAACGGUCUAAUACAUGUCAUACUCCUGCUGCUUAUUCCCUUCCUCGUCAGUUGACCGGAAAGUUCGCAGCUGAGCCUUACCAGUCACAGUUGCAUCGCCUCAAGCCCGCGCAGUCUUCUAUGGCCGACUCUGACCGCAUUGCAAAGCUCGAGAAGGAGAUCAGCCGUAUGGAGAACGUGCAUGGCAGUCAAAGUGAGAACAUGCAUGACAGUCAGAGUUGUGAGGAAUAUGAAUCCACGCUUUUCGAGCAGUUGGCUGGUGCACUGGAUGCUCAGAAGGCGGCUGAGGCCGAGACUGAUGGUUUGCGUCAUUUGGCCAAGAUGAAUAAGUUGUUGAUGAAGCGUCGCGAAGUUGAUUCGGAGCGCAUUGUCCAAUUGCUUUCUGGCCAGGGCGAGAUGGUCGCGCGUGCUAUCCGGAUGGAGAUGUCCCAGCUCCGUUUCUCCGGGAUCUCAGGCGUUGCCACAGAGCCUGUGGCAGCUCAACAGCCUGCUUUGCAAUUCUCUGACAUGCAGGUUUCUGCUACAGAGCCUGUGGCACCUCGAUCGGAUGUUUUACCCACAGUCGUCCAUCAUGAUGUCCUUUGCCAAUCCGACAUGCAAGCCGUCUCGACCGCACCGGAUGUCUCUGCUGACACUCCGGCCUCCGACAAGUCUUCUGCGACCUCAUCGCCUACAGAUCAGUCUAUUCAGGAACCCGACGCGCUUCCCAACGUGGCCGUGACCAUCAACAUCACGCCAUCUGAGAAGCGCAACUGGACCUUGCUCCAAUACGUCCAGCACGCCAUCUCUACGAAUUCCUCUAUCAACAUUAACGGUCCUCUCCAUCUCGUUCAACAGUUUGUAAAUGAAAUGGAGAAGACUGAGAAGGAUCAUGUUGACCAGGCGUCCCUUGCCAAGCGGUGGGAGAAGGUGGCUGGUGAGUAUCGUGCAGAGGUGGAUGCGAUGAAGGAGUCGAUCAAGCAAGGCAAGUGUGGGGUUUCAGAGCAUCGAGAUUUGGCGUCGAAGCUGCGUGCUCGUGAGCAUGAGCUGGAGGCGAAGGAGUCGCAGUUUCAGAUGCACUUGCUCACCCAGAAGCCGCUUGUUCGCGGGGACGAGGACAAGACGAAGGAGUCGCAGUUGUAG